CGCGAAGUGACGGAAAAGCACAGACGAGAAUCAAUCAGGUCCUCGUGCUUCAAAAUCCGCUUCCGCCAUUGCUGUCCGAAACUAAACCCUAACUUCCUCCAUCUCCACCUGUCAGUGAAUACUAUCCCCCGCCACCGUUGCUUCUACGAGCUCUUCUUGUUGAGGAAGAUGGGUACAAAAGUUGAGCCCGCAUCGAGUUUGGAACUCCGUAAUGACAAACCAUCUACGAGCUCGUCUGUUCCGUCAACAGGCGCGCCAAAGGUCUCCAUUUUCGCGUCCAAGUCUGGCUUCGUAAUCCCCAAAAACAAGCUCUCUGGUUCUCUGGUUCCAAUAUUUCGAGGAGGUAAGAAGGUUGGUAGCAAUGAUGCAGCAGCAGCCGGUCAAGAAAGCGAUGGUGAUCCCCAGAGGAAGACGAAGUGGGGACCCGAUUUAGCACAGGAUGCUGCUGUGAAAAAGGGGAGGGUUUUAGCUUACCAGACUCGAGUGGAUCAAAUCGCACAACAGCUGAGUCAGGGGAAUCUCGAUCUAGGUGAAUAUGAGGACUCAGAAGCGUCUGUUGGACGUGCAGAUUUGAAGCCUUCCAAAUCACUAGUUGAGACUAAGGGAAGUUUGGAACUUGAGAAGCGCGAAGUCAUAGGCGAAAUUCUCAAAUUGAAUCCAAGUUAUAAGGCUCCACCUGAUUACAAGCCUUUGCUUAAAGAAGCUGCAGUUGUUAUCCCUGUGAAAGAUCAUCCUGAACACAAUUUUGUUGAUCUGAUAUGUGGCCCUGGAAAUCAGACUCAGAAGCGAUUGGAGAAGGAAACUGGGGUAAAACUGCAAUUAUAUGGGAUUGAAUCUGGCAGCACGGAGAAGGUUGAAGUUUCAGCUGCAGGUGCAAAUCAAACCCAUACUACUUACGACGAGUUGACCGUGCUGGUAUCUGCUGACACAUUCGAGAAAGUGGAUUCAGCAGUCUCUGUUAUCGAAUUACUAGUCUCCUCAGUACCGGGAAAUCAAGUGGCGGUUGAUAACACAGCAGAUAAUCAGACUCCGACUCCUGCUUCCUCCGACGUUGCGAAACAGGAAGCUGCACAGGUGGCAGUAGGGGAUGCUCUCCAAGGUGGUGAAUUUCGACAUCAGCAAGAACCGUGGAUGCCACAAGCCAUUUCUCUUGGUCCUAUAUAUCCAUCACCAAUGCCUAACAAUCCUCGAGAUCCCAACUUGCCUCCUCUCUUCAAUACAUCCCCACUGCAGUCACAUUUAGGAGGGCAACCUCCAUCAUUUCCACCAUCUAUGUUUAAUUCAGUCCCUCCUCAACCUCUUCCAACUGGGCAUCAUCCUCGGUCGAACCCUUACCCACCCAGAAAUUUUCCAACACCAGCCUCCCAACCUUUUCCAGCAAUGGCCCCUUCUCAGGGACAAAUGAUGAUGCCCCGUCCAAAUUUUGCAUCUCCUCUUACAUCUCCCAAUAUAUCUGGAACGGAUUUAGCUUUUACAGGAAACAACAUUCAAUCCAGGCCGCAGCCGCCAGUUCAUCAGUUUCCCGGUGUUCGAAUGAGUAGUCAUUCUUCUGCCACACAAAAUGACUUUCAACCACCUCAACUGCCCAGGCCAAAUGUCAGUCUUGCACAUUUUCCUGGACCUCCGCCUGCUCCACCUAGAGGAAACGCACAUCCAGCAGUCGGUCCUUUUCCUGGUACAACAACGAAUUUUUAUCCACCCAUGGGCAGGCAUCCGUCUGUAGCAUCAACAACUCCACAACAGCAGCAUUCUGUUCAUGCUGACUUCCAUUUUCAAAUGCAUCAUCAACUAAAUACACAUCCUCAAGCGAAUAGGCCAAUGAUGCAGCCAAAUUUGGCUCUUCAUCCUGGGGCUCACAUGUUCCAGAGGCCACCUCAGAUGGGAGGACAGAUGGGACUGGAUCGGCCUGAUGUUGCCGCCUUUGCUGGAUCUUCUUCAUUUCAACCUCGGCUUCCACAGAUGAUGUCAAGGGACUUGGGGCCAAUGAGGUCAGCAAAUCAAAUGCAACUUCACCAGCAAGCUUAUCGGCCAGUUCAAAUGACUAUGCCUCGAGAGGUUAUGGGUCCGAAUCAUCAACUGCUUGGUUCAAGAAAUCUGCCUUUCGGGUCUUCUAGGCCGGUCGCUGGGCAGCAAGUCUAUGACCCAUUCUCCCCCUCUGCUGCUUCUCAGCAGCCAGGAAUGGGAAGAAGAGCAGAUAACAAUGAUCCCGAAUAUGAAGAUUUGAUGGCUUCCGUGGGUUUGAAGUAAAGCUUUAACAAGUGUUCUGUCGCUGUUGAACUCUUACUGUGAAGGAAUAGUCAUUUGUAAUGUUUUUGCCUUGAAACCUUCACCUUUGGCAUUCGCUGCUGAUUCUGAACUUCGAAUCGCAGAGUUGUUGCAUCUGAUUCCAUGCACUAUAUUUGAAUUGAUCUUUUAACCAAGAGUUUUAUGGUUCGUCUUAAGAGUAUAAUUUUCGCAUAUUGAAAGCACC